UGUACUAACCAUCCAGCCACAGUCCAAACAGGCUGACGGCAGCGUCUCUGGGAGCUGCUGUAAAGCUCCAGGAGUCUCCUCUGCCUUCGUGACUGCAGCAACAUGAACCUGAAAACUGUCCUCAUCCUCCUGGUCCUGGCACUAGCCACGAUCUUCGCUUUGGUUUGUGUGUUGCUGACGAGAGGAGUGAAACCAGCCAGCUGUGAGCCGCAGCCCCUGAGCAGCCAGGGGGGAAAGCACAGUGAUCAGAGCCUGGUCUUUGCUGAUCUGAUGCCAGAAGAAAUGGGGCAAGUGGUGAGGUACCUGCAGCGCAGCCUUGGGGUGCCAUUGGUAGACGCCUAUAAUGCAAACCCCUCCGAUAACUGCAUUUACUACAUCGAUGUGCAGCUCCCCAGCAAGGCAGAGGUGCUGGGGUUCUUGGAUCGUGGGGGCAGGCGACCCCCCCGGCAGGCGCUGGCUGUGGUGUAUUUUGGAAACCAACCAGAUCCGAAUGUCACGGAGUACGUGGUGGGUCCCCUGCCCCAGCCGACGACUCACCAGGACAUCACGGUGCGGAAGUACGGAGGGAAGCUGCCGUAUCACCGCAGACCAGUGCUGGGUAAGGAGUAUGAGCAGAUUGCUGGCUAUUUACAGAGGACGGCAUUUCCCACAGCUCGAACCUUCCUGAAUCAAGUAUUUGAUUAUGAUGGAACUAAUUUAGCAGCUAUGACCACAGCCCCCCGGGGGUUCCAGUCCGGAGACCGCAGCACCUGGUUUGUUCUGUUCCACAACGUGAGCGGCUACUUCCUGCACCCAGUGGGGCUGGAGGUGCUGGUUGAUCACAGCAGCCUGGACGUCUCCCACUGGCGGGUGAGAAAAGUGUUCUAUAACGGCCAGUACUACGGGGACUUGGUGCAGCUGGAGAGCGAGUUCAAGCAGGGCCGUGUCAAAGUGCACUCAGUUACGAGAGCCCCACCCGACGGGGGAUUCUCUUCCAUGCAGCCCCGAGCAGCCCCCAGGGCUCCGUUCCCUCUGCAGUACGAGCCGCAUGGGCCCCGCUACAGUGUCCGAAACAACCAAGUCGUCUCCCAGGCCUGGAGCUUUGCCUUUGGGGUGAACGUGAACACGGGGAUGCGUCUCUUUGACAUCAGAUUUAAGGGGGAGAGGAUUGUCUAUGAAAUCAGUGUCCAGGAUGCUACAUCUGUCUAUGGGUCCAACUGUCCUGGAGGGAUGUCAACCAGGUACAUGGAUGGGAGCUUUGGCAUCGGGAGAUUCACGUACCCGUUAGUCCGGGGGGUUGAUUGCCCCUAUUCAGCCACCUACGUAGACACACACUACUUAGCUCAAUCCCCAAACCCUAGAAUUAAUAAAAACUCCAUCUGCAUUUUUGAGCAGAACACCGGGUCUCCUCUGAGGCGCCAUUACUCCAACUUGCAGUCCCUGUACUACGGGGGUCUGACCAACUCUGCUCUGGUCCUUCGGUCAGUUGCCACUCUGGGCAACUAUGACUACGUCUGGGACUUCAUCUUCUACCAGAACGGCGCGAUCGAGGCCAAAGUCCAAGCCACAGGCUACAUGAGUUCGUCCUUUCUGUAUGGUGACGGUCUGGACUAUGGCAAUAGGGUUGGGGAUCACACCCUGGGGACGGUACACACCCAUUCCAUCAAUUUUAAAGUGGACUUGGACAUUGGAGGUAGGUCUCUUGGUGAUGUUUCUUUCUCUCUCUCCUGUGCCUCUCACUUAUUACGUGCUACAGGCAGUCCUCGGACUUAG